UACGGCGACAGCUACCUCGUCCUUAAGGACGUGCGUCUGAGGUGCACCAUGUCGCCGGAGGACUCCGCCAACCUGCCAGCGAAGCGUCUGGCCGUCCCAGAUUACUACGCGCACGUUCUGAUGGAGUACAGCGACAAGGACCAGAGGGGGAAAAAC